CAUCGAUUUCCUAUCCCUCGCUUCGAGCCAGCGAGCGCGGUCUCGGCUCCUGUGCUGAGAUGACCCCUCCGCGCCCCUCGUGCCCGCACCGCCAUGGACGCCCCCUCUAACUCUGCCUCCUCCUCCUGCUCCUCCGCUGCUGUCCCCCCGGCCGCCGGGCAGGAUGACAGGGCCGCGGUUCGGCCCCCUCAGGGCUCGCCUGCCUCUCCAGCCACCAAAGAAACCCCCCUCUCGGACCCUUCCUCCUCCGCCGCCUCCCCUCCUCCCGAUGAAGUCAUGAGGCCCAGCUCCGGCUCCCAAGCGGCCCUCGGCUCGGUGAAGCCCCCGGCAGCCAUCUUAUCCACACCACCGCUCCAAGCAGGCUGCGGCCUAGCGACACCAAACCUGUCCCCCGUCCCUCAAGCAACGACCCCUGCAGAAGAUGGGAUUGAGCAAGAAGCAGAAGAAGGUGGAGAGGAGGAAGGGGACGGCGGACGCGAGGCUCAGCUCUUCUUCUCUGCUGAAGGCUCGGCCUAUCUCCUCAGCGGUGGCCACGUUCUCUUACCAAAGGGCUCCCCUAGCACCACAACUCCCCUGGUGUCCAUCCUCCACGUCCAGCGCAGUGGAGGCCCUAACCAAGGCUUUAUGUCUACUGACCAAAUGUCCCAGAAUACCUCAGCGCCAGGUGAGUGGACCCCUCACGGCGCCUUCAACAGUUACCGACUGGCCGGGGCCCCCGCUCGAACCACGUCUGCCAAAAACGCUCCCACCAAACCCAAAGAUGACCCUACCGCCCAGGCGGAGGAUGAGGAGAACCCCAAAGGGGAAGCCAACCUUGGCCAAGAAGAGGAACGACCCGGGCCACCCAUCUGGCUUUGCCUCAUAUGCCGCCUCUCGUUCUGCCGGGGCCGCUCCUUGGCAACUCAUGUCCGUGCCGCCCAUGGGGUGCAGCUGAGCACCAACGAAUGCCAGGCCCUGCCCAGAGGGGCUUCUGCCGUGUUCCAGGGUACCACACUUGGCUUCCUAGAACCAAAUAACCCCACCAAGGCAGACCUCAAUGCCAGAAUGUGUAGCAGAUGGGUGAAUGUAACAGAAGAGAAGGAAGAGGAGGAGGAGGAGGAGGAGGGGAGCUCAGAAACACAACGCCAGCCACCUGAUGCCAAAGAUUCAAGGAUCGGUGGUGCGCACUGGGCAAAGGGGGGGAUGGAGGACAAACUAGAAGAUGAGCAGGAGGAGGAGGAGGCAGCAGCAGCAGCUGAAAACAAGGAAGAGGAGGGAAGGCUUCUCCCAGACCAAAGUUCAAAUGGCCAAAGCCCACCCAAGGGUGCUAACGCCCCCCUCUCAGAGGCACCGCGGAUGAAGCCUAGCAGCGUCGACACCGCCGUUAACAUUGGGUUGCCCAAGGAAGACGUCAACGUAGAGUUGGCCAACGAAACCAAUAAUGCACGAUUGGCUCCCGAGGUCACUCGUGUCGAAUUAGCCGGCGAAGCCAACCGCGCCGGGUUAGCCACCAAAGUCCACAGCGACCACCUAGCCAACGAGGCCGACGCCAGUAGCGCCGGGCUGGCCCAGGACUUCGGCGCCGCCGACUUGGCCCACAGCAUCAGUAGCGUCGGGGCGGCCAACGACAUCGCUAGCAUUGGGUUUGAGGUCAACAACGGGCUCAGCAACAACAGUCACAACGGAGGGCCCUCCCUCGCUUUCGGGGAGGAUUUUACCACCAUGGCCUACUCCGGGCUGACGUUAUCCGGCCACAUGUCCCUGCUCCAUUCGCGCAACUCCUGCAAGACUCUGAAGUGCCCCAAGUGCAACUGGCAUUACAAGUACCAGCAGACCCUGGACGUGCACAUGAAGGAGAAGCACCCCGAGAACAACAGCCACUGCGCUUACUGCAGCACGGGAGGGGCGCACCCCCGCCUGGCCAGAGGCGAGAGCUACAACUGCGGCUACAAGCCUUACCGCUGCGAGGCCUGCAACUACUCCACCACCACCAAGGGCAACCUCAGCAUCCACAUGCAGUCCGACAAGCACUUGGCCAACCUGCAGGGCUACCAGGCCACGGGGGCCGCCGGCGCCCCCCCAGCGGCCCCCCCAGCGGCCCCCUCCCCCUCCUCCCCCGAGGAGAAAGAGUUGAAAGGCAAAUCUUCCUGGCAGUGCAAGGUGUGCAGCUACGAGACCAACAUCUCCCGCAAUCUGCGGAUCCACAUGACCUCCGAGAAGCACAUGCAGAACAUGCUCCUGCUCCACCAGGGGCUGCCCUUGGCCCUGCCCGGAUUGCUGGGGCAGCCCCAGGCCCCGCCCGGAGGCAAGGCCCCGCCCGAGCUCUUCCAGUUCUACGGGGCGCAGGCCCUCGGCCACCCCCACCACCCCCACCACCCCCACGCCCACCCCGGGGGCAGCCCAGCCCUGCGGGGGGACAAGCCCCUGGAGCAGACCCAACUCUUACUCAACGGAGGCUUCCCGCACCUCAACGCCACGGCCAGGAAGAUGGCCGCCUUGGGGUCAGCCCCCGCGUCGCUCUCUCCGGAGCCUGCCCCCCCUUCCCCGUUGCCACCCCAUUCUGGUUCCGACCCGGCGGCUCCCCAGAGGCUGUUUGGCUGCCUGGUGUGCCAGGCUUUCAGCACCGACAGCCUGGAGGCGCUGCUGAGGCACGCUGCGGCGCCCCGCUCGCUGCCUGAGGCCGAGUGGAAGGAGGUUUCGGGCGAUUUGCACCGGUGCCGGCUGUGCGCGUACGGCACCCAGCUGAAGGCCAACUUCCAGCUGCACCUCAAGACCGACAAGCACGCCUUGAAGUACCAGCUGGCGGCGCACCUGCGCGAAGGGGGCGGCCUGGGAGGAGUCCACGUGGGGGCGGAGCUUCCCCUGGGCCCGCCUCUCCACCUGCACUGCAACCUCUGCGAAUACGAGACCAACAGCAAGGAGAAGAUGCGGCUGCACGGGGCCGGGGCCGGCCACCAGGAGGCCCUGCAAGGGUACAAGUUCCUCCUGGAAAUGGAGGCCUCCUCGGCACCGCCUCCGGGCCCCGAACCCGCCCAAUUCCGCUGCCUCCUGUGCAGCGUGGACGCGCCGAACCGCCUGGUGAUGAUCCAGCACCUCCGCUCCCCCCAGCACCGCGACGCUCACGGCCAGUGGCGCCUCCAGCUCCUCCAGAACGGGGAAGGCUCUCCGGGUCUCGAGAGAUACAUCUGCUUCGCGCCUGCAAACCCCGCCGGGAAGGAAUCUGUGCUAGAGACCUCGUCGCCCGAAAAAGAAACGCUGAAUAAAGCCCGGACAACUGGUUCUGACGAGACUGAAAUGAAAGCUGGCGGUGUGGGCGACACUACGGUGUACUGCUGCCCGUACUGCAACUACGUUGACCAAUUGGCAGAAGCCGUGCGGGCUCACACCGUCUCCCAGCAUGCUGUGCAGCCCAAGUUCCGCUGCCCGCUGUGCCAGGAGCAGCUGGUGGGCCGUACCAACCUCCACUUCCACCUUAGCCACAUUCACAACGUGGUGCCCGAAUGCGUGGAAAAGCUACUGCUGGUGGCCACGACCGUGGAAAUGACCUUUGCCACCAAAGUUGUUCCUGGCCUCAGCCCUCCUCCUGACCCACCCAAGCCAAGCGGGACGCCCAGCUCAGAGCAAGGGGCUGCAAAUGACCCCAAAAGCCCCCUCAUUGCACCAACCACGGGGGAGAAAAGCCCUCCGGCUCCUGUGCUUUGCCCCGGAACCCCGCCUCCUCCCGCCUCCUCCCCAGCUCCAGCCGCUGAGCCCCCAGAAAAGCCGCCUCCCGCAUCUUUGACUCCUCCUUCCCCGCCGCCACCCCUCGCCCCUCCGGAGUCUGAAGAUGAAGACCCUCCUCGUCCAAACGCCCCAGCCGAGGAGCAGCUGCUGCCGUCGCACCUACCGGCCGAGACCCCCGAGGCUUCACCCCUCGCCCUGCCCAACCAAGACCCCCGGCACCCCCUGUCCUACCGCAAGGCAACCAACUUUGCCUUAGAUAAGUUCUUAGACCCGGCCCGGCCGUACAAAUGCACCGUAUGCAAGGAAUCCUUCACCCAGAAGAACAUCCUCCUGGUCCACUACAACUCCGUCUCCCACCUGCACAAGAUGAAGAAGGCCUCGGCCGACCCUUCGGCGCCGUCCCGCGGCGAGCCGGGCUCCUCGGGGGCUCUCCAGCCGUCCUCGGACAAGCCGUACAAGUGUACCACUUGCCGGGUCUCGUACAACCAGAGCUCCACCUUGGAGAUCCACAUGCGCUCGGUGCUUCACCAAACCCGCUCCCGGGUGGCCAAGAUGGAAGCUGCCGGCAAGGCGGAGCUGCCGCCUGCUGAAUCGGAGCACCCAGGCGAGGUGUCGCUGGAGACGGAGGCCCCCAACUGCGUGCAGGUGCCGGCCCUGCCGUUUCUGGCACCGUCCGCGGCAGACCUCCAGCGCUUCCCCACGCCCUUGUUUACGCCGCCUCUACUGCCCCCUUUCCCGUUGGUGCCGGAGUCCCUCCUGAAAUUGCAGCAGCAGCAGCAGCAGCUCCUGCUCCCGUUUUAUCUGCAUGAUCUGAAGGUGGCCCCCAAGCUGGCUUUAGCAGCCCCCGCCCUGACGCUCCCAACGCCCCCGCCGGUGCUGCUGCCGCCCCUCCCGGCCAAGGAGGAACAGGCGCCGGCCCCCGCCAACAAGCCGGAGCCGGCUGAAGAGGGCGAAGCGGAAGAAGCCGAGGGGAGCCAGUCGGGGAGCGAAGCGUCCCGCACGGCGGCCAAGGCCCUUCUCGAGAACUUCGGCUUUGAGCUGGUGAUCCAGUACAACGAGGGAAAGCAGCCUGCGGCCCUGGCCCCGGCCGUGCCCCCUCGCCCCCCGGCAGGCAAGCUGCAGUGCGGCACAUGCGGGAAGCAGUUCUCCAACAUGCUCAUCCUGAAGACGCACGAGGAGCACGUGCAUCGGCGUUUCCUGCCUUUCGAAGCGCUCAACCGCUACGCCGCACAGUUCCGGAAGAGCUACGACAGCAUGUACCCACCCCCGCCACCGGCGCUUUCCGGCGAGAGUACCGCUGCGGCUGCCCCAGCCCCAGCCCCCGUUGUCGCUGCCGCCGCCGCCGCUGUGGAGGCCGCCACAGUCACCGUGGCCCCAGCCCCCGUGCCCCUGGAGAUCCCCCCGCUCUGCCCUCCCUUUUUAAUGCAACCCAUGCCCGUGGUGGUGCCGACGCCGGAAAGCGAGACUCCCCGCGUCUCUCCUGAACGCUUGAAGUCGCUGUGGUUUCGGGGGGAGGACGAGGACGGCGCCGGCACACCCGGAGCUCUCGACCCUCCCCGAGGGGGCUACCCCAGCACCCGGCGCUUCUCCCGCACCAAAUUCACCGAGUUCCAGUCUCAAGCUCUGCAGUCCUUCUUUGAGUCCAGCGCUUACCCCAAAGACGGCGAGGUCGAGCGGCUGUCGGUGCUCUUGGGCUUGCCAAACAGAGUCAUCGUGGUUUGGUUCCAAAACGCCCGCCAGAAGGCCCGAAAGUGUGCCGGGAACGAAGCCGGCGUGUCCGGCGGAAACCCCGGGGUGCAGCCCUCCUGCAAGAAGUGCCGGACGUCCUUCCGCUGCAUCUUUGAGCUCGUGCGCCACCUCAAAAAGUGUUACAACGACCAGCCCGAGGAGGGGGACGGAGAUGGCGCCGAGGAGGAGAAUGAGCCCCCCGAGGAAGAGGAACAAGAGGAGGAAGAGGAAGAAGAGCCGCAGGAGCCUUCAGGCACGGAUGGAGAAGUGAAGAUGGAGGGCGCUGGAGAGAAACCCACGGAGGAGGAGCAGCCAGCAGCAGCGGCUCCGCCGGAGAGCUCCAGCAGCCACCCCUGUGACCAGUGCGCAGCCAAGUUCUCAAGCGCUGACCUCCUCAGGAUCCACCGCGUCAGUCACGUGCCAGCAGCUGGUCCUCCGCCGGCCCCCUCUGGCCCCCAAACCUCCCUGGACUUGGCCCCCUUGGUGUUUGGCGAGCGCGGCGGCGCCCACCCGGAUUCCUCCCGGGCGCCGAAGCGGAAACACGAAGACGGGAGCUUGUCGCCCACCGGGAGCGAGUGCGCCAGCGUGGCCGGCGGGGAUGGCGAGCCCCCGCGGGACAAGCGCCUGCGCACCACCAUUCUGCCCGAGCAGCUGGAGAUCCUGUAUCGCUGGUACAUGCAGGAUUCUAACCCGACCCGGAAGAUGCUCGACUGUAUCUCCGAAGAAGUCGGGCUCAAAAAGAGGGUUGUCCAGGUGUGGUUCCAGAACACGAGAGCCCGCGAGAGGAAGGGCCAGUUCCGGUGCAACUCCAGCACUGCCAACCCAACCAGCAAGCUCUCACCAGUGCUCCCCACUGCCUUCCCGAAAUUCAACCCUCCACCACGAGACCCACCCGUCCUUUACGGAGCGUCCUUUCCCCCCAGCCUCCCUGCGGUCAGCUUACAGCUACCGCUGGUGAAGCCAGAAGUCCCUUCUGAGCCACAGAUGCAGGAAGAAGCGGCUGAAGAAGAAGCGGCCAAGGAGAACGAAGACAGGAGUCUGUCCGGAGGGGAGCUGAGCGACUCGUCCUCCUCCUCGUCUUCGUUGGCUGAUCUGGAUUUCUCCGGCAGCCGACGGAGCCGGGCGAUGGAUGGCGGGCCUGGGGGCAUGCAUGACUCCCUGGGCCAACGGCGGUACCGCACACAGAUGUCCAGCCUCCAGCUUAAGAUAAUGAAGGUUUGUUACGAGGCCUACCGAACUCCCACCAUGCAGGAGUGCGAGGUGUUGGGUGAGGAGAUAGGGCUGCCCAAACGCGUGAUUCAAGUGUGGUUUCAGAACGCCCGGGCCAAGGAGAAGAAGGCCAAGGCUGCCAGUGGCGCAACCAGCGGUGGUGACGAGGGCCCUCUCGGUGCCAAGGCACAGACUGAGUGCCCCUACUGUGAAGUCAAGUACGAUUUCUACGUGUCCUGCCGUGGACACCUCUUCUCCCGUGGCCAUCUAGCCCGCCUCAAGGAGGCCAUCAAAGCCCAGCUCAAGAGCGAGAGCAAGUGCUAUGAGCUUGUGCCGGACAAAGGGACACCAUCCCCGACCAGGCUGGCCACUUCUAUGCCUCCCACCACCGUGCCAUCUUCCCUUGGGAGCAUGGCCUCCUUUGUACCAGGCCCUUCCUCGUCCUCCUCCGGGGUUCUGAGCUCCCCUUUGGCCUCUACCCAGCCGGGGCCCUCCUUACCUCAGCGCCUCACGCCGGAACCGGCCCAGCUUGGCCCCUCAACCGAGCCUGCACCUGCUCCAGAGACCUCCCCGAGCGACAGCCAGGCAGACCCCGCUUCAAAUUCAGCCCAGGAACCCUCCUUGUCCUCCACUGCCACGCUGAAGAACCUCAAGACGUUGAAGGCCGCCGUGCCGGCCCUUCUGGGUGGCCAGUUCCUGCCCUUCCCGUUGCCGGCGGCAACAGCAGCAGCAGCCCCCUCGCUAUUUGGAGCCCAGCUGCCUGGGGCCUACUUCCAGCAGCUGUAUGGCAUGAAGAAGGGGCUGUUCCCCAUGAACCCCGUCAUACCUCAGACACUUAUGGGACUGCUGCCCAGCCCCCUGCUCCCAACGCCCACGCCUGAGCCGCCUGUCGAGGUGUCUGAGGCCCCCGGCAUCUCUACGGUUGACGUGACUCACCAGUACCUUUGCCGCCAGUGCAAGGCAGCCUUUGAGAGCGAGGGGGCGGCUGCCGCCCACCAGGCCGCUUUCUGCUACUUCGGGCGCCAGCCCCCAGCAGCCCCACCCCCGCUGCGUGUGCCGGUGUGCACGUACCACUGCCUGGCCUGCGAGGUGCUUGUGAGUGGGCGUGAGGCACUGGGGGCUCACCUGCGCUCCAGCGCCCACCGGCGCAAGGCCGGAUCCAACGCAGCAACCGCAUCGGUGUUUGCCAAAGAGGAAUCCAAAUUACCUCACUCGGACUCCAACCCAAAAAGUAACGCUACCUCUACGACACUACUAGCUUUAUAGAGACGGAUGCUACACUGCCACCAAUUGAGAGAGAAUGACUAACGAACCAGCCAGCGGAGCGAUGGACGCCCACUUGGGGUCCCCUCUGCCUAUAUCCAACACCCAUCAACCAACCCCCAACCCUUUCUUGUUGCCAGCAAGGAAGAGUGACCAGUAAACACGAGAGACAGCGGCCCAAGCUGAGCCAUGCCCAGUCCCCCAAAUAUUUCUGUCACAAAUGUCACCCGCCCUACGCAAUCUUUCUUGAGGGAAGACCAGUUGACCCGACGUUGAGUAGAAAUGCAGUCUUCCCAUGGAGGAGGACCUCAACACUCCCUCAACAUGGUACUCUCCAGGAAUGCUGGACUGCAACUCCCAUAAUUCCCACCUUGGAUGGCCACAUGCUAACUGAGAAAUAUGAGAGUUGCCGUCCAACACCUCUGAAGGGUGCCAGGCUGAGGGAGGCUGCUUUAGGGUGCCCCACUUCCUUCACCAAGCCCUUCUGCUGCUCCACACUUACACCAACAAACCACAGGCCAACACAACUGCUAAACAGCUCAACCCGCUCAGACACCACAUGACAUGUCGGCUGAUGCCAAUUCCCUACCUCUUCACCGAGCCCUGGAUAAUUGGAUCGUCCCUAUGACAGCCAGAGGCCCAGAUUUAACCCACAGAUGCAAACCCAUUCCCCUUAGCACCACCCCACACACUUCUCACUCAUGGUUCUCCCCUCCUGACCUGUGUAUUCCAGUCUUCCACCUCCUGUGGCAUACACAUGUACCUCACGCAAGAGAGACAGGGAAGGUUCUAGUGUUUCCAAAUGUCUACGUUCAAGACUCUGUGUCCUCCUCCAUCAUCCAGAGAUCCUUUCAUAUUUUCUGUCAGGAAUAUCUCAAGGUGGUUCCCUACCAUUUUCAUGUCUUUAGAUGUCCCUCGGCCAUUGGGCUGCUCACCUCAGUGGAUAAGCUCUCUCUUCCCUCGGGCUUUACGUAUGUUAAGGCUGCACCGUCUCCCCUCAUAUCUACGGAAGUGUUCCAAAAUUCCUUCUCACAUCCCAUAUCUCCUCCUCACGUUGCCACACGUGGCCCAAAGCUCUCCCCCCUUGCCACACGUGUGCUAGACCCUCGCCCGUACCCCACCCCAGUUGUGACAGAUGCUGGCACACUCUAGACACCCAUUGUGUACCCAAGUCGCCUCUCUCUCUUACACACACACACACACACACACACACACACACACACUCUUGUGCAAGCUCCUUCUCUCACACUCACUUUCCACCCUUUUACUGUGUUACUGACUGAAAAAGGCCAAAAAAAAAGCAAAGGAAACAAAAAAGAAUGGACAGAAAGAAAGAAAAUUAUUAACCCAAGGAGACAAAACUUAGGGGGGAGGGGGGCAAAGAUGAGGAACUGAGUCCCCCCCACACCCUCCACCCCUCCCCAGAGCAUGUGCUGCCCAUUGUGUAUAAUAAUUACGUCAAGAAUGGAUGAACUGACUCCCGAACUGUUGAUGGAUUUGAACGACUUGAACAGCAACCAAACAGGGAAAGAAAGAGGCACCUCUCUCUUUUAUCCCACCAUUUUUUUUCUCUCUCUCCUCCUCCUCCUCCUCCUCCCCUGUUGGGUCUUUACCUGCACCGGGGAACCAAAUAAAACCGACAACCUCGCUGUCUUUUUCCUCCUGAUAGACGUGAACUUCCGUCUCUGCGCGGGAAACGGCACAAACCUAUUCCGAUGGCUUUAAAGAAAAAAGAAAGAAAGAAAACCAGAAGGACCCU